AUGAGUGAAAAAGGUGUUGAAGACUUAAGUUAAGCUUUAACUAAGUGUGUUAAUCUCUCAAAUUUGACACUAGACCUAAGGGAGAAUAAUAUUAAUGAUUUCAGUGUAUCAGAAUUAGGUAAUGCUUUAGAAAAGUGUAACAAACUGUAAAAUUUGGCACUCUUUCUUGGUCGAAAUUAAAUUAGUGCAAUUGGUGCGUAAGGCUUAUGUUCUGCUUUAGAAAAAUGCACUAAUCUCUCAAAUUUGACACUUAUUUUUGGUCGAAAUUAAAUUCGUGAUUAAAUUGCAUCAAGAUUAGGUUCUGCUUUAGCAAAUUGUACUAAUCUCUCAAAUUUGAUACUUUAUCUUAAUGGAAAUUAAAUUGGCGAUUAAGGUGUAUCAGACUUAGGUUCUGCUUUAGCAAAGUGCACUAAUCUCUCAAAUUUGACACUUAACCUUGGUUACAAUUAAAUUGGUGUAAUCGGCGCAUCAAGCUUAGGUUAUGCUUUAGCAAAGUGCACUAAUCUCUCAAAUUUGGUACUUGAACUUGGAUCCAACAAAAUUGGUGAUUAAGGUACAUCAGGCUUAAGUUUUGCUUUAGUAAAUGCCAAAAAUAUUUCAAAUUUGACACUUUAUAUUGGUCUAAAUUAAAUUGGUGCAAUUGGUGUUUCAGGCUUAGGUUCUGCUUUAUUAAAUUGCACUAACUUCUUAAAUUUGACACUUGAUCUUGUAUAAAAUGAAAUAGGUAAUGAUGGUGCAUCAGCCUUAGGUUAUUCUUUAUUAAAUUGCACUAAACUCUCAAAUUUAACACUUUAUCUUAGUUAGACUUAAAUUAGUGAUUAAGGUGUAAUAAGCUUAGGUUCUGCUUUAGUAAAUUGCACUAAUCUCUCAAAUUUGACACUUUACCUGAAUGUAAAUUUAAUUGGUGCAAUAGGUGCAUCAGGCUUAGGUUCUGCUUUAGCAAAAUGCAUCAAUCUCAUAAAUUUGGCACUUUAUCUUAGUUACAAUUAAAUUAGCGCAAUUGGUGCAUAAGGCUUAAGUUCUGCUUUAGCAAAUUGCGUUAAUCUCUCAAAUUUGACACUAGAUCUUGGUGAUAAUUAAAUUGGUGACUUGGGUGCAUCAGACUUAGGUUCUGCUUUAACACAUUGCAUUAAUCUAUCAAAUUUGACACUUGAACUUAGAUAUAAUUAAAUUGGAGCUAUUGGUGCAUCAGGCUUAGGUUUUGCUUUCGCAAAUUGUGCUAGUCUCUAAAAUUUGACACUUGCUCUUAUUUAUAAUCAAAUUGAUACUUAGGGUGUAUAGUACUUAAUUUCAGCUUUAGAAAAAUGCUCUAAUCUCUUUAGAUUGACUCUAGAACUCUUGAAAAAUAAAAUCAAUGAUUAGGAAGCAUCAGAUUUAGGUUAUGCUUUAUCCAACUGUACUAAUCUCUCAUAUUUGUAAAUUAAUCUGAGGUAUAAUAAUAUUGGUGCAUUGGGUGCAUCUGGUAUAGUUUCUCGUUUAUAAAAAUGUACUAAUCUAUAAAGUUUAAUAUUAGAUCUUAGUGAUAAUUAAAUUGGUGACUAAGGUUUAUUAGACUUAGGCACUGCUUUAUCAAACUUUCCUAACCUUACAAAUUUCGUACUCAAAAUGUUAUCUAAUUAAAUAAGCUCUAAGGGUGCUUCAGAUUUAGCAUCUGCUUUAAUGAACUGCUCUAAUCUCAUAAAUUUGAAAAUUGAUUUCUUAUCAAAUAAAAUUUGUUCAUAAGGUGCAUCUGACUUAGUUUCUGCCUUAACACACUGUCGGAAUCUCUCAAAUUUUACUUUGAAUUUAAGCUUCAAUAAAAUCGGAGAUGAUGAUCUUGUAAGUUUGAGCUCUUCAUUAACAAAAUGCACCAGUAUCAGAAAUUUGACACUUAAUCUUUGGGGUUGCGAUAUUGAGGAUAAAGGUGCAUCAAACUUAGGUUCUGCUUUAUAAAAAUUCAUUAAUCUCUCAAGUUUAUCAAUAAACCUUUCGAGUAAUUAUAUUAAUGAUGAAGGAGCACCAGGUUUAGUUUUAUAUUUAAAUAACUGCCCAAAUCUCAAAAAAUUGACCAUUUGUCUCUCAUAAAAUUAAAUUGGGCCUAUUGGUGCAUAAGGUAUAAGUUCUGGUUUAUCAAAAUGCUCUAAUCUCUAAAACCUAACACUCCAACUAACAAGUAACUAAAUUGGUGCAUAAGGAGCAAAAUGCAUAGCUGCUGCUUUGUCUAGUUGCACUAAUCUCUCAAAUUUAACACUCAAUCUAAUAUAUUGUAAAAUUAUGGAAGAAGGAGCCUCUGCUUUAGCUUCUUCUUUAUUAAGCUGCAUUUAUCUAUCAAAUUUGAGUCUCAAUAUUAGUUUCAAUAGAAUUGGUGAUGAAGGUAUAUCGAGAUUAAAUUCUGCUUUAAAUAAAUAGCUAAUUAAGUAAGUGAAUAACUAAAAUUGA